CGGAGCCCAAAUAUAGAGAACCAUUUCCUAGAAAUAGCGCCCCCCUAGGCCUUUUUAAGCAUGUCCGAUGAGUAUCUAUGAUAUACGAAGUCGACCUACACGGCCACCUGGGAGCUCUUGGUCCUUGACCCGGCCAGACAUCUGCAAGAGCUGCCCAUCACGUCUCUACCAGAGAGUGAUGCAUUCUACGUGCCAGGAGUGAAAUUUGAGCACGGUGGCAACAGACGAAACACACUUGCAGAUCCUUUCCUGAUAGCAAUGACGUGUGCGAGAGUGUUAUUGGGUUGGAGUCGCCCAGAGAAGUGCUCCGAAGAUAAGGUUAAACUGGAUCCCCAGUUUCCAUGGCCCAGCAGCCCCAGGAUUCAGUCCCCGCGCUGCUGAUCGAGUCGCCGCCAGAACGUGCCAGCAAUGAGCAUGCAGCUUGUGCCAAGCUAUCGGAAAUUCCAGGAAGUCUCUGCGUUUCGCAUCCUUCCGUGGACAGCCGCGGUCCAACCACGGACCCUAGUCGAGCAGUAGCUUUCAGGGGCCACGUUUAGUCUAACGCCAAGACAGACGCGUUGAUUUAGGAGCUCCAGCUCAAUUCCGUGAAACAAAUCCUUUGUCUCAUUUUCUCUCAUCGCGCUCGUCGAUGGGUCUUCAUGUCGCUGUAUGCCGAUAGCGGUGGAACAGGGGAUUCCCGACAGCGCUCAUCAUGCCCUGAUGUCGGACAGUGGAAAGAACAGUCACUAUAAUCCUUUUCGCACCGAGUCCAGUGCGGAGUUCGCCCUGGAAUGUACCGUGGCGACGUUUAUCGGCAUCGCAUGGUAUAAUUCCAUCGAACUCGUCGUCCUGUGUUUCACCACAUUCAAACGAUAUGGGGGAUGUUAUUUUUGGAGUCUGGUGAUAGCCUCGAUCAGCAUCGUCCCCUUCGCACUGGGCUAUGCGCUACUCAUCUUUAAAAUCUUCCCCAGUUACUUCUCUGUCGCCCUCGAGGUUGUUGGAUGGUGGGGCAUGGUCACCGGCCAAUCCAUGGUUCUGUGGUCUCGAUUACAUCUGGUCGUUCACAGCCGCAGGAUUUUGCGCUGGACCUUGAUCAUGAUUAUCACAGAUGCCAUUCUGUUUCAUGUCCCUGCGUCGGUCCUUGAGUUUGGCGCUCAUUCCGACAACCAUCCCGAUUUCAAUCCGGCCUUUGACAUCUUCGAACGGAUUCAGCUAGUGGCCUUCUCCGUGCAAGAGAUUGUAUUAUCGGCCAUCUAUGCUUGGGCCGCGAUUGAGAUGCUGAAGCUAACGCCACGGGGCCAAUAUAAAGGCAUCCUGGUCCAUCUCCUGCUGAUUAAUUUCGUGAUGAUCAGCAUGGACGCGGCGGUCGUGGGGGUGCAAUAUGCAGGCUUCUUUCGGAUCCACGUAUCCCUGAAAGCCAUGUUCUACAGCGUGAAGCUGAAGAUGGAGUAUGCAAUUCUGGGAAGACUGGUUCAUGUCGCUGCCGUUCCGGUGCAUGCCCUAUCGAGCUACACUCCGACCGAACGAUCCAGUUCUGUAUCACACACAUGAGACUUUUUGGAGGUGGAUAUAUCCUGGGUAUCAUCCCCAACGAAUGGCGGUGCUCUUCUCAUGAGUCCGGUGCAACCUCUCCAGAGAUGCGACUGAUGUUGGUUGCAAAGUCGAAAGGUCGCUACUCCUGAAACGCACAGAGCUCUGCAACGGAGAUCCAUAUAAUGUCAGUUUGCUCGCCAUUCAAUUCACGGAGAAACUGUGAGCUCGUCGGCCUGGAGUGACUGAGCGCAGGUGAACGGCUCCCUGAGUAGUGUGAGCGAAACAUUCGCGCUGAGUGUGGGAGUAAAAUCAUAGGGCUUUCCCCAGGGAGGCCAGUAUGAUGCUUAGCCUUUUCCUGUGACAAUAUUACAUGACAUCGGUAUCGCAAUACCUGUGAGAUGCACCCUACAGUGGGAGUUAGUUGGAUAUGCCUGGUAUCGACCGAUAUGAUGUGUUAGAUUGGCCCUCAUGGUAUGGGAUGCG